CGCACUCUUAGCUUCCGGUAUGAUGCCACUUGUAACUGAUUCAUUGACUCUAUCCAUGAUGUUUGAUUUGUGCACAAAAAGAGGAAGCACCUCGACAGCCCCUAUGAAAUCAACUUGAUGGACGAGCUGACGCUGAAGGGAGUUACCCAGUAUUAUGCUUUUGUUCAGGAGAAACAGAAGGUUCACUGUCUCAACACACUGUUCUCAAAGUUACAAAUCAACCAGUCCAUCAUCUUUUGUAAUUCCACAAAUCGUGUGGAACUUCUAGCCAAAAAUAUCACAGAACUUGGUUACUCUUGCUUCUACAUCCACGCCAAGAUGAACCAGCAACACAGAAACAGAGUCUUCCAUGACUUCAGGCAGGGAGUCUGUAGGAAUCUAGUGUGCUCAGAUUUGUUCACGAGAGGAAUUGACAUCCAGGCUGUGAAUGUUGUUAUCAACUUUGAUUUCCCCAAGCACGCAGAGACAUAUCUCCACAGGAUUGGUAGAUCUGGUCGGUAUGGCCACCUUGGAGUCGCCAUCAACCUCAUUACUUACGAUGACAAAUACUUGUCAAUUUAGUUCUUAUUUAGACACAUCUGUCAGUUUAUAUGACAGAACAUUUUAUAUGAUAAACACUCCAAUUCAUAACAGUUUUCACCUUGAUGGUAUAUUAAUGCCUAUAAUUUAGGUCUAUUUGAAUAAUGACUUGAAAUGCUUUCUUUAGGACUGCUGAGAUAGACCCAUUAUCAGAACUCAUUAUAUGUUUAAAUAAAAACCCAGAAGGUGAUAUUUUCAAGAAUGAUAAAAUUGUGUACCCAAUAUCAUCUCUAUCCUAAUAUACAUAUUCAAUUAGAGUGUUAUUACUAAUUAUCCAAACAUAGUGAUGGGCUAGACUUUGCCAAUGAUACUUCAAUGAUCUGGACUUGUUAGCAAGUGAGAAUUUGGUAAGAUGUGUCUAGGUGGUUGAGAGGUUUGGGUGUUUCUUGUUUAUACAGAGACUGUCUUACCAUAACUAAUUAAAACUUUUAUCUUUUUCCAUUUUCUCCCAGAACAUAACAUUGUAAUAGAGGCAUAAAACGUUACCAUUUUGCAUUUGUUUGAAAAUGUAAAGCAACAUUUUCAAAUUUAACUAGAGUGCAAAAUGUUCUUACAGUUCUAGUUUUUUCACCGGCUGUGCUGUUAGUUGGACUAAGCACUCGGAACAUAAUAAACACCAGACAUGAAAAUCUGAGAUCUGAUCUAUAGCAGAAAUAAACCUGUCUAAAACACUGCAACAUUAAUUCUGUACCUUUUAUAAUAGUAAAAAAUGUUAAAUGUGUAUAUUUCCUGUCUUAAUUUUGUUCCGAGAUGUUUUUUUGCCAGAUGUGAUUUUAUUACCGUUUUGGGAUAUGUGCAAGGACAUGCGUCUAUAAUUGAAUUUAUUAAUUUUUGAAAUAUACUAAAUCUUUAAAUGUUCCACCAGGAGAGGGAUGAAGAUGAUGAUGAUGUCCCGCACAACUCCCAUGGGGCUAAGGGAGGACAAUGAUCAGCCUUUACCCCGCCCCAAACUGCUAUCUCACCAAUACUUCUCUAGGUCACAAACAUGCUUUGAACUGUGAUACAGACAGCUGUGUGUCCUGGUAGAUGCAUUAUUGUGGCAGAUUUACUUCUGACCAAAAAAUGUGUUAUUUUGAUGAGCUGAUCCUGUCUUUUCAGUUCGUUAAUGAUAUAGUGAUUUCUAUAUAAUGAUUGUUAGACCAGCUCUGGAUAACAAACAGCUGAAGGAUGACGAUUGUUGCAGAUUUCUAUAUAAUGAUUGUUAGACCUGUUCUGGAUAACAAACAGCUGAAGGAUGACGAUUGUUGCCAAAUAUGUUUACAUCCGAUCUGAGGGGUGAACCACUAGGCAAAAAAGUACUUUUAAGGCCAUCACAUCAUAGCCUCGGUGGAUUCCCUCCUUAUACAUACUUCUGUGCUCGAUGAGGAUAGUGGUAUUCAAAGAGUUUUUGUCCAACAAAAAAAUAGUGCUCCUUUCAUUUUAUCUAGACAGAGAAUUCUUUAGUGUGUAUUGCCUAGAUAAAUAAGUGCUCCUAUAACUUAACAUUAACGUUCUCAGCAUUUUGUCAGAUGAUGUCUUUUCUCAUG